AUGCUCGAACCUGGAAGACUGUUUGGUGGGGAUGUUGACUCUGCACCUAGUGCAAGCGAGCCUGCAUCUGAUGCUGAGUGUGGAGACAACAGGUGGCCCGAGUUGUUGGUAGGAGCCAAUGCUGGAUCAGUGGAUCAUGCGGCGUUUGAUGCUGAAAGAGAUGUUUCAUAUUCACCUAGCAUGGAUGACGCUGUGCUUACUGGUGGCCUGGCUAAGGGUUAUGAUUCUGGAAAGGCCGUGGAUCGAUCAUGGCAGCAGUUGGACGCAAAACCUUUACAACAAUUUUGGGAACAAGGUUUUUGGGGUGAGAUUUUUGGGAACAGUGCAUCAGCUUCGGUGUCGUCACUAACCACUACGUUGGGCCUACACAGACCUGCAGUGGUGCAGGGCACUUCAGGUGAGGACGUUCCUAUGACAACUGAUGAUGCCAUAGCCUCCCAGUACAAGCGGCUCAAACAUGCUACAUACAUGGAUGUGGUGUCGAAGUGUUCAAUCAAGUCGUGGCAGGAGCAGCGUGAUAGUACUUGGGAGACGGCAAUCCGCAGGUGGCACAGCAGUAUCAUGUCAUGGUCUGGAGAUGAUGCCAUCAUCGGUUUGAUUCAGGGCAAAUCUGAAUUCAAAGCUCAAUGUCAGAUUGUGGUUGACAUACUCUACAACAAGGCUCCCAGUACCCUUCUGAAGCGGUGCAACAGCCUGGGAAGGUUGGUGAACGACCUCCACAAGCAGGGGUGCAAUUUUCCCUGCACUGAAGAUGAGCUGUAUGGUCACUUGACCCGGCAGAGGGAAGCGGGCGCACCACCAUCUAGGUUGAAGUCACUCCUGGAGGCCAUCACUUUUGUGCGCCAUAUUUUUGGGGUGACCGCACUGGAGAACUGUAUCAAAAGCAGGCGAUGCCUGGGGGUUGCCACUCCCAAGGAACUUGAGAUCACAAAGCAAGCGCCACCGCUUAGGGUGGAGCAUUUGAGAGCUCUGCAUCACGUCAUGGAGAAUGAGGAGGAUCCCUGGAAUGUAGCAUUCACAGGCAUGGUGCUUUUCUGUGUUUACGGCAGAGCUCGUUGGGGAGAUGCCCAGCAUUCAACUCGUGUGGAGUGGGACAUGGACUCAGAGGGUAAUUUGUGUUUUGUUGAGUGUGCAACAGCUGUUCAUAAGACAUGUCGUGCACUCAACAUGAAGCAUUCUUUUCUGCCGUUGACUGCUCCUGGUUUGGGCAUCAGUGCAAACAACUGGGCGACUUCAUGGAGGCGUGCUAGGCUGGAGUUAGGCAUUGAAAACUUGAGUGAGUAUCCAUUGAUGCCUGCACCUGAUGAGUUAGGGCAUCCUACAAUCAGGCCGCUCAGUUCCAAUGAGGCUUGUGGAUGGUUGACGCUGUUGCUCAGGCAGAAGGUCGAUGUGUUGGGGGUGUCGGAGGGCUACUUCCGGGUUCUUGCAUGCGGCAGGAAGAUCACCGAGAAGUAUCAGCAGGGCGGAGUGGAUGUUAGGUUGAUUCAGCAGCAAGGCCGUUUGGCGGGAAUAAGUAUUACUGGUGGGUUGCAGCCAAGUUAUGCUUUGGUGGAUUUGGCGGCAUCUAUGUUAGAGAGCAACGCUGUCAUAUGGAUCCCUCCAUCUAAGUGCUCAAAGCGUGAGACAGAGAUUCAGUUAUCAGCAACAAAGGAGAAGUCACCGGUGAUUGCAGUAGAACAACAUACACUCAAAAUAACGGCUGCUGAGGAGACCAUCAAGGUUGACCAUAGCACUGAGCUACAGUUGCAGUGGGCGUUGCAAAGACGGGGCAUAGCCCUGGAUCAAUGUGGGCUGAUUGACUGGGAAGUGCAUCAGCGUUGGUUGCAAUACCUUUUGAGUCUUCUGACAAAAGCGGUGCCAGAUGGAUAUAGCCGCAUCAGGACAGACCAAUUGCUGAAAGCAGAUCGUGAAUUGUUUUUGGUGAUGGCGCAGGACUUGCAGCAGACUGGGGAGAGGCUAAGUGAGACUCCUUCUCCUAUGAAUGUGGCUAUGCCACGGCUCAUGACCGACCCCCGCAUCACGAUGCACCUAUUGCCUUUGCCCAGCCAUGCGUCCAGAUCUUCCACCACACCAGCUCCCACAGCGCCUGCUCGUCGUGAGACAAGUCAGGCCCCAAAGGGUAGAGGCAAAGUUAGACGAGACGGAAAACCGUCAGCCAAAGCGAAGGCCUUGUGUCCGGCAGAGUUGAAGGAUUACAAGCAGGUGGAUGAUCAAGGGCCGCAUACCGAAGGUAUCAUGGCAAACGAUUUUAAUUUGCACCAGGCCAAGAAAAAACUCAAGGCCUUGCAGGCACAACAUGCAGCAGAUGAUAACCUCCCAGCGUCACCAGAGGUGCACUUGGAGGCACAAGAGCAGUCAAACAAAUUUGCAGGGAAAUCGUUGUCCAACAUACUCAUGGUUGAGUUGUAUGCAGGUUCGGCACGGCUGUCGAAGGCAUGUCAGCAGAUUGGUGUGCGUAGCGUUGCAGUAGACAAGACAACACAACGGUCGCAAGGAAGUAAGAUUUUUGUUUGUGACGUUACAAAUGAAGGGGAUUUGAAUAUGCUGAAAUCCUUUUUGAGCGCUGAGCAGGACAAUCUGGCGUGGUUACAUAUAGCACCAGCAUGUGGUACAGCAUCACGUGCUAGAGAGAAACCCAACAGAACGCUGGAGAAAGCAGGGUACAAGGUGCCAAAGCCUUGCAGAUCUGAACAGUUUCCUUUAGGCAUACCUGGCUUGGAGGGUCUUGACAAGGCGCGCACAGAGGUGGCAAACCUUAUUUACAAGAUCACUGCAGAGUUGGUCCGCGAAGUUUCAGCUUGGGGUGUGGUUUGUACGAUUGAGAAUCCGACAAACAGCCUUUUCUGGAAGGUUCCCUAUAUUGUUGAUUUGGUGGAAGACCUCGGUGGGUAUGAUGUUAUUUUUGACAGCUGUUGUCAUGGAGGUGCAAGGAAGAAAAGUACAAAAUUCUGGUGCACUGAUGUCUGGUUCAAUAGCUUGGCAGCGGCAUGCCCAGGCAAUGGACAGCAUUUUCAUAAGUCAUGGACACCUACAGUAGUGGAUGGCAGAGUUCAGUACCCUACGGCUGAGGAGGCGGCCUAUCCUGAACUCUUGUGCCAACGCUUAGCCGAGAGCUUUAGGGAUGCCUUGUUGCGUUUGGGUGCAAUUGACGUUGAAACCAUGGAGCAACAACAACAGGUUGAACAACCAUCAAUGCACAGGAUCCUCAUGGACGCUUUGCCGCGGGGAAAGAAGUACAAACCCUUGGUGUCGGAAUAUGGCAGUUAUACAACAGUGGUUCACUCAGAUAGCGUGGACGAAAAUGCUUUCCAGCUGCCAAUGGGUGCUAAAUUGGUACAUCAACGUUUGUCCAAGCGGGGUGAUAUUCGGGUUGAUGAUGUGGUCUGGCACUCGUCUGUGCAACAUUUGGAUGCGGAUGUUAUUGUCAAGGUGUCACAGUUUGGCAUUCCCAGGACUCCUGAAGAUUUUUGCAGAAGGGCUGUCAAAUGUGGACAUCCGAGGGGCAUGUCGAUGCACUUGCCUGAAGUGGUAACUGAUGUGCUCAGGGAGAAUUUGGAGAUGGAGCCGGCGGAACUUGCACUUAUACGGUGCAGACAGCUUGCAAGGUGGACAGUCAGGGCGGGACAGUUAAAACUUGCGGAGAAGGAAUUCAAACAGUCCUUGCCUGAGCACUUGCAGGUGUUGUUAAAGGACAAGAAGCUAUUGUUGCUGCAGGAGAUGUUGGAGGAGUUACAAUAUCCUGAUAAGACUUUGGUGCAGGACAUAGCGUCUGGUUUCAGGCUGAUGGGGUGGCAGCAAAAAACGGGUGUUUUUCCACAGUGUGUGAAACGGCCUCAGUUUUCUGUUGAGACUCUCCGGAAGUUGUCCCGGGGUUUGAACAGGUCGAUAGUGAGUCAACUAUCUGGUGAAAAUGAUGAUGAUCCAACGGUACGGCAGACAUUGGAGGAGGUUGCAUUGGGUUAUAUCUGGCCUGAUGAGUCCGGGAAUUUGGAUCGCGUUUUUCUGGCAAAGCGUUUUGGUUUACAACAGAAGGCCGGAAAACUGAGAGUCAUUGAUGACUGUUCUAUAGGAGGCAUCAAUGGGGCCUUGGGUGUGGUUGAGAAAUACAAGGUUCACGCCAUAGAUGAGACUGCAGCGUUUCUGACAUGGAUGGUACAACAGUUGCAGGGCAAGCCGCACUUUGAAGGGUUAUCUGUCAGGACGUAUGACAUGAAGCAUGCGUACAAGCAAUUUGGUAUUGCAGUGGACGACCGUGAACUUGUACGGUUGGCGGUGAGAAAUCCUAUCGACCACAAGGUCCGCCUGUUUGGAGUUAAUAGUUUGCCUUUUGGGGCAUCUGGAUCGGUGGGGGGUUUUUUGAGAAUCAGCCUCGCCGUUUGGUAUGUGGGCCUAUUUAUUUUUCGGCUGCCAUGGACAGCAUACUUUGAUGAUUACACAAUUUUUAGCCGAGACUUGUUGGUGAGCAACGCGUCGAAGACAGUGGACAAUUUGUUUGACUUGCUUGGUAUAGAAGUAGCCCGUGAAGGGAGCAAAGCUUCGGGUUUUUCGAAGCAGUUUAAGAGUUUGGGGGUCGAAAUAGACCUGAGAGAUUUUUGUAAGGGCGAAGCUCGAUUGGGACACACCCGUGAGAGACGUGAAGAGAUUGGUGCCGUGCUGGAUGAUAUACUCCAUUCCUCGAGUGUUACUACAAAACAGGCAGAAUCACUUAGGGGCAGACUGCACUGGUUUGAGUCUUUUGCCUUUGGUCGUGUGGCCAAUGGGGCGGUGAAGACUUUGGGUGACUUGUCUUUGCGAAGGACAAAGAAGGUACAACUCAGAGAUCAUGAAGUCAGGGAUCUUCUUUUUCUUAAGGAAAGAGUUUUGCAGGCGCCUCCUUUGAAGUUGACCCCCACAUCCUUGCUCGCUUGGAUAGUGUUCACAGAUGGAGCCUGUGAAGGACCCGAAGGAGCUAAGAAAGGCAGUGUGGGGGGCGUGCUUGUUAGCCCUCAUGGCAGUGUGCUGCAGUUCUUUGGUGGGGAGAUCCCAUGUGACUUUAUGGCCCAGCUCUUGCUCCGGUCUAGGAAUCCAAUAUAUGAGUUGGAGGUCAUGCCGGUUCUCAUAGCUGCUUUGCUGUGGGGCAAUACCUGUGAAUUUGCGCAGGUUUGCUGGUACUUAGACAAUGAGGCUGGAAGAUCGGCCUUUGUGAAGGCCUAUGGGGCAACAGAAAUAGCCGAUGUGAUGGUGAGAAACUUCACCUAUCACGAGAUGGAACUUCAGAUCAAAUCUUGGUUCGCAAGGGUGCCAAGCGCAUCAAAUUUAGCUGAUGCCCCGUCGCGUCUUGAAGACUCAUACUUGAGAGAUCAAGGGGCGUGCAAAGUGGCCAUUGACUGGAUGGCAAUCAGGGAGACGUUGGCAGCUGUUUUCCAGAAAUUGGGGGAAGGCACGGCAGCAGACCUAGACGAUGAGAAGAUGUUUCAGCAGUUGGCACAGCGUCGUACUUCUCAGAUGCCUUUGCCGACAACUGAAUCAAGUGGUGCAAUGACCGAUGCAUCAAAGCGCAGAAUUGAAGAUGCAGAGUUUGAGGUCGACACAGAGUCAGAUUGGGUGGUUGGAAGUAGUUUCAUGGAGCCCGUGGGAGGCACCGAAGAUUUGGCCACAAAGGCCUUGCUUCCAGCUGGUAUUACAAAUAUGGCUAUGUGGGGAAAGACCAAGUUUGCAUUUGGAAAGUAUGAGAAAGAGAAGAAGAGUUACAAGAUUGUCUUCGAGGAAGACCCCAGCUAUGUUUCAUGGCGUCGAAAGCAUUUGACCAAAGACUCAGCGAAGGGUCCUGCCUGGGAUUGGUCCAGGUACAUUAAGGCCCGAGACUUGGUGGACUGCAAAGGGGCUAACGUGUGGUGGAUCAUCGUCAAGUUCGAGACGACCAUUGGUGCUCGAAAGCGAAGACGAGGUGGCAAGGAUGGAGGAACUUCUACGCCUUCCAUUCGACGACGUGAAUGGGUACGAGAAGGCGGAGAAUCCGAGUAUCCUACGGAUGAUGAGAGUGAGAAUGAUGAUGAGACAGAUGGUACGUGCGAAGGUGACUAUGCUGUGACUGCCACAUGCGUUUUCAUGGAUUCCAAGGGCGCACGACCAACGGGCAACCCAAUGGUUUAUCCACCCUGUUCCCCUCGGCAAUCAAUGCAACAGGGCAUUCGCAGCAGCCUCCAGUGGCAAAACGGCCUUUGUCGCCUCAACACGAACAACUUCCGCUCACCCUUCCACAAAUGCCAGAAGGCCGAAAAAAUCGACAGACAGGAUUCGAUCUUCCCCACCACGAAGUUCAGUGAGAGUUCUGCAGGCUGGCACGAUAUCAGUUGCAGAGGCAUCCUUCGACUCGGCUCCCAAACAGCCUUGAAAUUCUCAGAACUGCCGCUCCAUGCUGCUGCUCAACCGGCCCAACCUCGCAAGAAGGCUGCAAAGAAGGUGGCAUCAGCAUGGCUAGAGGAUCUUGAGGAGGAUGAUGUUCGGAGGAUUGUUGAGGAUCUCCCUGCUGAUGCAGCCUCCAGACGACGGCCCAAAAAAAAGAAGAUCCGGGAGGUCGAGGCAUCAGAUCUUGCAGCGUUCUUUGAGGCAUCCUUGCGUGCACACGAGGAAGGGCAGAGAAGCCUUGACGGUCUAUCAAAUCGUGCUGAGCGACGGCACGAAAGGCUUUCCUUCCUUGAGGAGGAGGCAAGAGGUAUACUUCUGCAAGUGCGUAUGAAGUCAGUUCAUCCUACUUCUCCCGUUGCUUUGCCGCAUCGGAGACGCUCUUCCUCAGUCCAAGGUCCAAGAAACUUCUCACAGCCGCCUGUUCGAGCUGAGCUUGAUUUCAAAGUAGGCUUGACAGGGGCCAGGGAAGAUGGUGAGUCAAGGUCUUUGUCGCCUCCUGCGGGUUCUGCGCCACCUUCUCGGUCCCGCUCCCCUCCCUCACAGUCCGGUGCAUUGCUGUUUUGGUCAACGUGCUUCCGUGAAGGGCUCCGGCGCGUGUGCAAGCGGCAAUCAUCUCCUGACGCGUCUGGCGGUCUGCCAAAGUUUGCCUUUGAAGAAACGUUUUCAUCCCAACUGACAAGCCAAAAAGUGGAGCAAGGGCGUCAACGUGCCGUGUCCUUUGUGGCCUACUAUCCAGAGGUGUUUCGCGACUUGCGUUUGCAUGCCUUCGGCGUGUCCGAAGAGAGCUUCAUGCAUUCGAUGUGUGAUGGGCCACUGUCAGGAGGACAACAGGGUGAGGGCAAAAGCGGCAUGUUGUUUUUCUCGAGCUGGGACAAGAAGUACUUGGCCAAGACAGUCAUGCAAAAAGAGGAUACUCGAGAACUGACAUAUUUCCUUGAUGGUGGCCAGAAACGCACCUUGCAGCGAGAGAAGAUUGAAGCCUUGGUCGAAUCAGAUCCAGUCUUCACAAACUCCGACUUGUACACUCUCACUCGGCCUGAACGACACCGGAGAGCAAUGCAAAAGCAGCGUCGUUUGCUGGAACUCUCCAAGACUCACGGGCACCGUGUCUCAGAGCUUCGGGCAGCAGUGCAUGAUAUGCUUGGGACUGAUUUGCAGUCAUUGAUGUUCAUUCCCAAUAUUCGAGCAACUUUCAGUGAUGAGCAGCAGGCCCACUGGUUGCCUCGAGCAGAAGGAUGGGAGAUCAUUGGCUGCUAUGCUCAAACGGAGUUAGGUCACGGAAGCAAUGUGCGUGCUUUGGAAACCACGGCGACAUUUGUUGCAGACUCUGAUGAGAUUGAGAUACAUAGCCCCUCAUUGACCAGUACAAAGUGGUGGCCUGGAGCCAUGGGCAGGACUGCCAACUAUGCCAUUGUCUAUGCACGUUUGAUUGUGGAUGGACGGGACUUGGGCAUUCACAACUUCAUGGUCCAGAUCCGUGACCUGCAGACGCACCAGCCAAUGCCGGGUGUGGAGGUUGGAGAUAUCGGUCCAAAGAUUGGCUACAAUAAUCAGGACAAUGGCUUUUGCCGUUUCAAUCGUGUUCGGAUUCCACGGACACACAUGGCCAUGCGUCAUGUCACCCUGCAUUCCGAUGGACGUUACGAAGCAAAUGCAGGUCGGCGAACAGCAUCUUAUUCAGCCAUGACUGGAGUGAGAGUGGAAAUUGUUCUCACCACAGGAUAUGCCCUGAGUAUGGCAUGCACAAUUGCCAUUCGCUAUUCUGCAGUGCGGCGGCAAGGCUUUACCAGUAAAGAUGAUGGUUCAGAGAUGUGCGUUCUGGACUACACAAUGCAACAAGAGCGCUUGUUGCCUUUGCUGGCCACCGCUUAUGCCUUCCAUUGCGCAGCAGCCACCAUGAGAGCAAUCCUUGCAUCUGGGGAUGCUGCGACCUUGCAUGUUGCAUCCUCUGGCUUGAAAGCGUUGUGCAGCCGGAUUGCUGGAGAUGGCAUUGAGACCUGUCGGCGUGCAUGUGGCGGGCACGGCUACUUGGCAGUGUCUGGCCUGCCGGAAUUGCUGGGCACCUACCUGCAGAAUGUCACCGUCGAGGGUGAAAACUACAUGAUAGCACAGCAGACAACGAGGGGGUUGCUGAAGCUUGUGUUAAGCCCAACGUCCUCGGUCUUUGUAAAUGCCUGGGAAGGUGAACACUCGGCCUACCUCCACUCGCAGAGCGUCAGACUUUCGCGAUGUGAAGCGCAGACUUCUAAACAUUUUCUGUCAAUGGAGUUGCAGUGCGCAGCCUACUGUCAGAGAGCAGCUUGGCUUCUUUAUCAGUUGCAAGAGCGCCUGCAAACUGCACAGGCUGCUGGAGCCUCGUCAGUCGAUGCCUGGAACGCUUGCUGUCCUGAUGUGAUCCGCGUGUCGGAAGCACACUGUUUUUAUGUCUUGGUUCGCAGCUUUUGGAGCACCAUCGUCCAAUUGCAGCAAUUGGGUCAGUCACCCAUUGCAGCUGUCUUGGAGAAUUGUUGCCACCUCUUUGCUUUGUGGUGGAUGAGAGAAAACAUGGGCGAUUUUCUGGAGAGUGGUUUUCUGAGUGCCCAGCAGGCUGGACUUGUGAGACAAGCUGUACAAGAUCUGUUACCAGUCUUGCGCGCUGACGCGGUGCCAUUGGUAGAUGCAUGGGGUCAUAGUGACCAUUGCCUCAACUCGGCCCUGGGACGUCGCGAUGGGCGUGUGUAUGAAGCGCUAUGGGAGUCUGCCCAAGCCAACGUGAAUCCGAUGAACAAGGAGGAGGAGCGAGUGCCUGCCUACUUGGUGGUUUUCGAAAAUUUGUUUCCGGCAGGAUUGAAAUUUGAAGCAAAGUACGAUCUGAAGGGCGUAUUGGGUUCCCAUCGCUAUGUAACAGCUGAGCAGCGGGCGAGUGGAGUAGAGGUGCUGAAGGAUAGAAACUUCCUUGAGCGACAGCCAUUGCGCUUGGCGUCACCGGAGCUCCUGGCACAAAUGGAGAAGGACGUUGACUUCUUAGAGCAGCAUGGGCGAAUCGACUACUCUCUGCUGUUGGGUGUGUCUGUGACCUCAGAGGAAAAGCUGCAGGCUGGUAGCUCUGGUAGCUCUGGUGCCAGCGGCAUCCGGACCAUUUCGGCUGAUGGAAAGGAAGGCGAGGUGCUCUACAUGGGCAUCAUCGACAUCCUGCAGGAGUACACGAACACAAAAGCCAUGGAGUCGAGACUGAAAUCUUUUCAGUACUCGCUGAAGAAAAACUUUAGGAGGCAAUCAAACGUGUCAGACGUAUCCACGGCGGUGUCUUCGAUGCCUCCUUCACACUAUGUUUGCAGCCCCAGUUUGGAAACCAGUUUGGAAACUUUGGAACUGGAACUGCUUGUGCUCCACAAAGCCAACGACCUGGUGGUGAGGUCUUGCAUCAAGAUCAUCAGGUGUACCAGUGCCUUGGCAAAACGGAUUUCGGGUUUCCCUCCGGUGCUCCGCCUUCAGGGGUUUCAAUUGAACGUCGAGGAACUCUUCAGUGAUGUCUCCUUGGCGACCACCUGUCCAGAUGGUCAUUGCCAAGUACCUGCAGGGCACACCUGGAUCUUGGAUCAAUCAGUGGAUGUGCAGACACUGACAAUCUUUGGCACUGUGAAGUGGGAUACCGAAAAGGAUGGGCUUGAGCUUCGUGCCUGCUACAUUUUGGUGGGCGAAGGUGGCUACUUCCAGGUAGGCUUUCUGCAAGGAUUUACAUCAAGUGCCUUGGCAAAGAGCACAUCUGCUUUUGAGAAAGGGAUGGAAUCACAUGCACUGUUUGGGGACAGAUUCCUUGCCAGUGAGGGCGAGGCUCGCGUAGAAAUUCACGGUCGACGGAUGCUGCGGACCUGGUCACUUUUGGCACGCACGGCUGAAAAAGGUGACACUCAACUCUUCCUCAAGCACGACCCAUUGACAAUGGGUUGGCGCGUUGGAGAUCAUGUAGGGGUGGCAACGACCUCACGUGGGGUUUCACCUGAGCACAAGAUCAUAGACAUCGGACCUGCGACAGUGUGGCGGUUGGACUUGCACAACGCCACCGGAGGUGUUGAGAGAGCACCAGCUUCCAAUACCAUUGAUGGGCUUCUGAAUACAGAAUGGUCAAGCUGGUGCGCGCCAUACUGCACAGGUGAUGGUGAUGAGCACUGGCUCGAGGUUCAACUGGCCAUGGAAAGUGAAAUGUCGCAUGUGAAGCUCUUCUGGAACCGUGAGUACUAUUCACCCGUGACCAAGGUGGAAGUCUGCCAUGACAGCUGCCAGUCUGUGCUGGCCGCCGUCCAAUCCUCUGAUCUCCAGAACUUCGAAAAGAACGAAGCGCAGGUUGUUCAGCUCAAUGGAUUCAAGGGAACCCACCUCCGAAUCGCUGCAGAGUUUGAAGCCUUGAAGAACAGAACAACUCCACACUGGGCUGGGCUGUUGCUCUACGAGAUCCAAGCAUAUGGGAAGGAAGUUAAUGUGACACCUCCGGAUGUGAUUCAUUUGGACCGACCCCUGGAGCAUGAGCACUGGGGUGGCCUCCGGGAGGUAGAGGGCUUCCAGCUGGAGAUGGCAGCAGAGGUUGUGAAUCUGAAUCGCUCUGUUGUGAUCACUGGCGACCACGAGGACUUUUACACUACACGGAAAGGCUUACACACCAUUUCUGCCCAUGGGGGCGUCAUGGACAUGCGGUACACCCGCAUUGAGUUCUGUGGCCAGCAAAACCACAUGGGAAAGUAUUGCCUCCAUUUUCACCAUGCCGGACAAUGCGCUGAUUGCGUCUUUAUGGGCAAUGCUAUUUAUGAGUCUGCCCAGAUUGGCAUCACCGUCCAUGGUACCCACCGAUCUUUGGUGGAGAGCAACGUUAUGUGGGAUGUUUCCGCCGCUGGAAUUUACACAGAAGAUGGCAACGAAAUGUUCAAUACAUUGAGCAACAAUGUCAUCAUCUGCUCUUGGCACGAAAAGUGCUCUGGUCCCUGGGAUGUACAGCUGAACAAUGCAGCAGGCAUCUACAUGAUUGGGAUGACAAAUAACGUCAUCGAGAAUCGCGUGGCCGGUUUUGAAAACUGCAUUUGGACCCAUGGCUCGAUCGCCUUGCAGGGGCAAGGCCAAGCCUUGGGCCGAGUUUGUCCACAGCACACGCCCUUCGGGACCUUCCGCGGCAACGUGUGCCAUGACAACAACCGCUUUGGGAUCUACUUGGACAACCAGAGGCCCCGCAAUCUUGAGAGAGAUACGAAUGGCUUCGUGAUAGACAUGGGUUCCUGUGGCGAAUUCACAGAGGAUGGUCGCGACAAUGGGCUUAUCCCUGCGAACGUCAUCGAAGACCAGUUUGAUUGGCACAAUGAUUUCGUUGGCCAGUAUUCCAUGGGAGAUAUAUCUUUCCGUCGGCUUGUGAGCGUGAACAACGCUCAUGAUUUAUACUGGAAAGAGUCCAAGAAUUUUGCAGAUGGAGUGUCCCAUCAUAUACAAGACUCUCUCUUCCUAAGUGACCCCCACGACAGCACCAUCAUCAAAAUUGCCUUGAUUGCUGGGCCUGCUGGGCCGUUCACGUUUCGCAUCAGCAACACCACCUUUGGGGGCGGAUCUCUUGGCUGCGGUGCCAUCUGUGCUGGUCAACAUUGUGGCCUCGGGGGUGCAGGUGGCCCGUGCAACGUGCAAUACCUGCUGAACGCUGUUGACUUCUCCAAGGUCCACAGCGGCGAGCGCAAGAUUGUCUUCGGCAUUAGCACAGUCGACCUGGGCUAUGUGCAGCCAAUAUUUCUUGCUGAGGACAACUCCCUUGGUGGCUACAGGUCCAUGGUGAGUCAACACCUCAAUGGUUUUGCAGCGAUCCCCUCAUGCCAGGCCUUGGAUGCCAAAGAAUGGGACCAUGCUGUGGCCUGCAAUAGCACUUCCAUCCGGCGCCUGAAUUUGUGGAGUGCAGAUUUGGGGGAGGUGAGGAUCAAAGGCGCUGGAUAUGACGUGGAGCCAAACAACAGCACUGUGGUGAAAGGCAUGAAUGCUGGCAGAUUGCUGUAUGAGCCCAUGCAUGGUGGCUAUGGUGCAGUGGUGGCUUUGGGUCAGAAUUAUUCGCUCCAAGGAACAUUUCUCGGAGACGUUGCCACGGAGUUCUCUGAUGUGAUUCUGGCGCAGAGCUUCAAGAUGAACGAAGCCAUGAAUCUCACGGUGGGAAAUCAAACGUGCCAGGUUUCAGCGCUCGAUGACCGAAGCUGGUUGGGAGUUCGAGGACGAGCACCUUCAACGACUCCAAUGACUUCUUGUUUAACAAGAGCGUUUGAGGCCACCCAGCUGGUCAAUGGCACUACAACGGCACAGCCGACCACGACAGUCACUGGGACAUCCGGAAGCUGUGAGCUGGAGAGCGAAGUGCCGUGCUGCCCCGACGGUAGCUGCCCAGAUCGCUGCACUGGUACUCAAUGCUGUCCGUCUUCUGGAGGGUCUAGGACAUGUCCAUCAGCAUCAAGUGUUCAGGUGUCCACUUGUGAGCGUGGAAAGAAGUUCGAUUGCACCGGCACUACUGGGGUAGCACCACCUGGCAGACUCAGUGGCACGUGCGAGUUUCCAAAUCCUCCGGCCAUUGGGUACUAUUGGGAACCCUUUUGCUUCUUUGGAAUGCUGGGCUGCUUCGCGGACGGGAAGAACGUCGAAUGCCGCUUUUGCGGUAGUGGCGACUUCAUCGAUGUCACCUGCAAAACGACCACAACCACCACGACGACCAGCUCGACGACCACCAUGCCAGGACUCUGUCCUGCUUUGACCAGCGUCUUGAAGAGCUGUUCGGACGAUGGAUGCACAGUGUUGGCUGGAGGUAUGCUUUCAAGGACCUGCAGGCAGUACUGUGAGGAGCACCAUCUCAUUUGUGUAGCUGCGUGGGAGGACAGUGACGAUGACUGCAACGUGCUGGCUUCAUUGAGUUGUGACCAGAUCUACCAGGGCACACCAGAUUUGAUCUGCCAAUGCGCACCACAGCCACCACCGCCUGCGAUUUGGAUUCAAAACCAAGCUGGCCUUUGCUUGAUGGCGAAGGAGUUUAACGUCAGUGGUGCAGCUGUCAGUCUGUAUCCCUGUGGUCCUCCGAACCCAUCAGCGCAAUGGAUCCACCACAGAUCCGCGCAGCUCACCAAUGCCAACCAAGACAUGCGACGCAUGCGAUGUUUGCAUGCGGCGGAGCAAGAUCCUGGAGCCUUGCUGGUGAUGUUGCCAUGCAGUGAUGAUGAGGCUGCCCAGAACUUCACGCUGGAUGAAACCACGAGUCAGAUUCGCAUCUCUAGUGGGCUGUGCUUGGAAUGGCGCUCUGGUGACGAGUUGGUGGUGACAGCAGUUUGUGGCUUGUCUGCCAACCAGCUAUGGUAUUGGGGUGAGAAUCCAGUGGCUACAACUACCACGACGGUUGGUUGGACUGAGACAGAGUGGGGCCGACCCAGUCCAAGUGCUGCUGGCUUGCUGCAACAUUUCGAAGGGCACUGCGUCUCUGACAAGUUGACGAUGGUGGCAUGUGACCCUGGGAGCGAUGCUCAGUUCUUCAGCUUCAACCAGACGUUGCUACAGGUCUCCUCCGUUGGCCUCUGCUUGGAGUCCAGCACCGGAAGCGGAGUGGUGAUGCGGGUCUGCGAUCCCUCUCGGACGUCUCAGCAAUUUGCCUUUAAUUUGCAGUCUGGGAUGAUUUGGAACAGGCAACUUCAGUGUCUUGAAGCCGCGGAUCCCCUAGUUCCAGGUGCGCUGGUGCAUUUGAAGGAUUGCAACAGCAGCAAAUCCGAGCAACAUUGGUUCUUCAACUCUGCAGCUACGACCACACUGGCUCCUGUGUCGGUGGGCUUACACAUUCGGCUUGAGUCCGGCAUUUGCUUGGCGGCCAAAGAGAAUGCCUCAAGGAGUUGCCUGGAGCUUCGUGGCUGUCGGGAGGAGGAUGUCGCGCAGAAAUGGUUCUAUGAUGAGACCUCAAACCAGCUGAAGAACGGCUUUGGCAAAUGCCUCAUGGCACCGCAUGCUGGCGGCAUUCGCAAGGCCAAGAUUUCCUUCACGCGCUUUGGGUCUGGGGAGAACCGCGCCUGUCGGGGGAGCAGCUGGCAAGACAACGACAAGUCCAACUAUAUCGCCUUUUGGCCGGUUGAUGCACUUGAGACGUGCAAAGACCGUUGCAGAGAAAGGACGUCUUGCAAAGGCAUUGAGUUCAACCCGGACUUGAGGCGAUGUGAAGUGUGGAUCAAGCCAGUCACUUUGGCAGUCACAACAGUUGCAAACUUCAGCUGCUACACUGCCUCUUUGGAAGAUCCCACACUGGCGAUUUUUGAGGAUGUCGAUGGUGGCUCUGAGCGCGUAUGCCGGGGGAACAAUCCAGGUGACAACUCUUUGUCUUACUUCACGCUAAGCCUAGCUGAGUCCAAGGAGGACUGCCAGCGGCAAUGUUCAAUGGCCACAGGCCGCUGCACAGGAUUUGAAUACCACAAAACAGGGCGCUGUGAACUUUGGUCCAAGCCUGUUGGUGCCAGUGCAAAUUUGUCUGGCUAUUUCUGUCGUGCGCUCGCGACGGUCAUCAUGAACGACUGCAACACUAGUGACUUUCGACAGCUCUGGAAUGUGGAUUCCAUGCGCGGCCAAAUCACAUCUGUUCAGGAUGGUGCAUGCUUAGAUGCGAUUGGUAGAUCCACUUCUGGCAAUCGUGUGCGUUUGUUGACCUGCAACUCGGAGAGCGCGAGUCAGUUAUGGGAGGUCUCGACGGAGAUACCGCCACAGGAAGUCCGCCCUCUCGUUGUCUCAGACUGA